GCAGCCUCCCGGUUCUGAGAGCUUUUCCUGCCCGGCCGGCUCAGCCCUACGGAUCAGGGAGAAGUUUUCCAGAAAAAAAUGCCCGGCGCGCCGCGGGGCCCUGGAAGCCGCCCGGAGCCCUCGCGCGGUCUGUCAGCAAGACUGUUGAAAGCUUAACUGGCAAAGAUGCCGGUCCCUCCCCCUCCAGCGCCCCCACCACCACCCACCUUUGCUUUGGCCAAUACAGAAAAGCCUACCUUAAAUAAGUCAGAACAGGCUGGGAGAAAUGCUCUUCUUUCUGACAUCAGCAAAGGGAAGAAACUUAAGAAGACGGUCACCAAUGACAGAAGUGCACCCAUUUUGGACAAACCUAAAGGAGCCGGUGGUGGUGGUGGUGGAUUUGGUGGAGGAGGUGGCGGCGGCGGCAGUGGCGGUGGUGGAAGUUUUGGCGGCGGUGGGCCCCCCGGUUUGGGAGGCCUGUUCCAGGCCGGGAUGCCAAAGCUGAGAUCCACGGCCAACAGGGAUAAUGAUUCUGGAGGAAGCCGACCUCCAAUUUUGCCGCCAGGAGGAAGAUCCGUUUCUGCCAAACCUUUCACACCCCCAAGUGGCCCUGGGCGAUUCCCUGUGCCUUCUGCAGGCCACAGAAGUGGUCCCCCGGAGCCCCAGAGGAACCGAAUGCCUCCCCCAAGGCCCGACCUGGGCUCAAAGCCUGAUAACAUGCCCCCUCCAGUACCUAAUACACCGAGGCCCAUUCAAUCAAAUCUGCACAACCGGGGGUCCCCACCAGUGCCUGGGCCCCCCCGGCAGCCCAGCCCUGGGCCUACACCUCCCCCUUUUCCUGGAAACAGAGGUGCUGCUUUUGGAGGAGGCUCUGUACGUCAAAGCCCCUCAGGCUCCUCCACCCCUUUCUCCAAUAGGCCCCCGCUACCCCCUACCCCAGGCAGGGCUUUGGAUGACAAACCUCCUCCCCCACCCCCCCCAAUGGGUAACAGGCCUGCCCUCCACAGAGAGGCAGGCCCACCCCCUCCCCCUCAGAAUAGCAAACCCCCAGUGCCUUCCACCCCACGACCUUCCUCCUCCUCACAGGCCCCACCUCCACCACCACCACCUAGCAGGCCCGGACCCCCUCCCCUGCCUCCAGGUUCCAGUGGCAGUGAUGAAAUCCCAAGACUCCCACAGCGGAAUUUGUCCCUCACUUCGUCUGCACCUCCCUUACCUCCACCAGGACGUUCCGGCCCUCUUCCUCCCCCACCCAGUGAGAGACCCCCACCUCCUGUGAGGGACCCACCAGGCAGAUCAGGCCCUCUCCCUCCUCCUCCUCCAAUAAACAGAAAUGGCAGCACUUCUCGGGCCCUGCCUGCUACCCCUCAGCUGCCAUCCAGGAGUGGAGUAGAUAGUCCCAGAAGUGGGUCCAGACCGCCCCUUCCUCCUGACAGACCUGGGGCUGGGGCACCUCCCCCACCUCCACCAUCAACAUCAAUUAGAAACGGUUUCCAGGACUCUUCAUGUGAAGAUGAGUGGGAAAGCAGAUUCUUCUUCCAUCCAAUUUCUGAUUUGCCACCUCCAGAGCCAUAUGUACCAACGACCAAAAGCUACCCCAGUAAACUAGCAAGAAGUGAAAGCCGGAGUGGAUCCAAUCGAAGAGAAAGGGGAGCCCCACCACUUCCUCCCAUCCCCAGGUGAUCCUUGCCUGCCCUCCACCGAGCCCUGGCUCCGUCUGUUGUUGCUCUCCGAAGCUGUGUUCCCUCCCCCUUGUAGUCCUCUGUGCCCUUCCCAAGGGCAAGAGAAGAAGGGAGGGUGACAUGGGAAUCUGUGUGUGCGGGGGGUGGGAAUCUGGUUAAGAAAUACGCCUCACUUCUUAUAUUGUGUGUCUUCUUAAAGCUAUCACCCGCUUCAGCUGCAGCUUGCCAGUGCCGGCUUCUUGGGGGCCCUAGGCUUUUGUGGCAAGUAGGCAGAGGUGAUUGGGUCCCAGCUUUUGACCAACCAAACCCAAGCAUCCUCUGCUUAUUUGCUAUAGACUGUAACUAGUAAAGUCCCUGAAAGCUAUUUUUUUCCCAUGCCUUUUUUGCAUGCUUGACCCUCAUCUGUUUCCAUGAGCCACAGACCACCGAAGCAGAUUGCUGAGCAAGAGCUCAUAUGAAAUUUUUACAGCUCUAAGAUGUUUAAUCUUUGGCAGCCUGAGGUAAACGCUAGCACAGAGCUGUCCCAUAGAAAUAUAAAGUGAGCCACAAAUACAGUUUAAGAUUUCUAGUAGCCACAUUUUAAAAAGGAAAAAAAAAGAAAUAGGUGUGAUUAGUUUUCAUUCAUUUCACCCAAAGCAUUAUUGCAGCCUGCAAUCGCUAUAACAAUUAUUGAGAUGUUUUACAUUCUUUUUCUUCUUCAAAAUCCAGUGUGUGCUUUAUAUUUAGAGGAUCUCUAUUUGUACGUGUCAAUUUUUAAGUCCUCAGUAGCCCUAUGUGGCCAGUUGAUACCAUAUUGGGGAGCACAGGGCUAAAAGACAGGGGUUAGUACAAAAACCUCUUGCUUUAAAAAAAAAAAUCAUAAAGGCAAGGUGUGCUUUAGCUAUUCAAGAGGUAAUUAAAAAUAAAGUUAGGACCCAACACCUUGUUCAGCAGAAGCUUGACCUUACAUAUUGCUCCCUUAUUUUCCCUCUUCCCUUAAUAUCUAUAUACAAAGGUUAUUUCACCAUACUAAGGCCAGAGCUUGGUCUAAUAGGGUUUACAGUCACAUGGAAUAAGCCAUUGGAAAGAAACUGAAACCCCGAGAGCUCAGAACCGAUCGGCUGGUGUGCUCACCUGUCCAUUGGUUUUGGAAGCAGCUUCAUUCCCAUCUACUCAGCUUUCUCCUUAGGGCUGGAGGCUCAUAGGCUGAGAUAGAGUUGGGGGAGAGGGGUUGGGGAGGACAGAAAGGGCAUGGGGAGAAAGCCAGGUAAAGGUAGCUCUUCAGAAAUGUGGAAGAAAGGAGCAGGUUUGAGUGGAUGAGCUGAACUUUAAAAAUCUAAACCUAAUGCUUAUGGGUUGAGAGAAAGAGAGAUUGCUCCUGGCAUUUGGAGGGAAUUUACUUUGAAUCUAUCUGGGAGAAUCAUUUGCCUUGGAUCUAUGCAAAUAAUGUUCCCCUAAAGGAUGAUAGGGAAGAGUCAGCCUUGCCUUUUUUCAUAAGAUUUUGUUUACAAAACUUUAUUGGGACUUUUAAAUUUAGCUAUAGAGUUGAGAAAAAAAAAGUUUUCCAUUUAGAUGUUUUUAUAUGGUUGAUCUAGUGUAGAUCACCAUUACUUAUUUUCUAAAAGCACAUGACACAUAGGUAUAUUUACAUAAACUUUGUAUCAUGGGUUCAUUGUUCCUGUAUUACUGGGAGAUGCUAGUAAGAAAUCAGUCCAAAGAAAAAUUUGCAAGAAGCAUUCCUAUUUAUAGAAUAAAAUUGCUUCAUUUAUAUAAAAGUAAAAGAACUUGGAGGUCUGAUAAAUUAUGAAGUUACUGAUUUGAAUAUAUUGUGUUUUUAUAACUUCUCUUGCAAAGCUCUGGAUUUAUAGAAAGAGAAUUUGAUUUAUGUUCCCUGCCCUACUAUUCAGUUGCCUUUCAUACAGGAACCCUUUACUCAAAGCAAAUCAAAAAAUAUAAAGGUGUAACAAGCUUGGCAAAGUGUUUUACAAUUUCUAAUCUCUAGUAUUUUGAUAGCAUAGCAGCAUCAUUUCCUUUUAAUUAUUAGAUAUGAUCAGUUGAUUAAAAAAAAGUCUUUGGAUAAAUGCAAAUAACCUAUUUCAGAAAAGACAGGGUUUGGUCCUCCAAGUAAAUAUGGCAGCAUCUGAUCCAAAGAAAAUAGACAUGAAUUUUGUAAAGAAUAGUAAGAGUGGUCAAUUUCCUUGUGUAUCCCAACUUGGUAGGUACCAUCCUGAAGUUUAAAACAGGUCACAGUUAAAGUUGUUUAUCCAGAAUACAGACAGAAUACAGAAUACAGGUUUAGAAUGCAUCUUUUAAGUCAAGAUAUUACUAAUAAAUCUUUCUUUGGAAGUUAGCAACCUAAUUGCAUACAAAACUCUACAUAAGUUUCAUGCUAAAAUCUUCAACUAUGGCAAAUCACAAAAGUGAAUAUUUUCCUUCCUGAAAUCAGAGCUUACCAAGUGUUUUUUCCAGGACAUUUCCAGAUAAAUAUAUUCAAGAUGCAAUAGUGUUUUAAUACUCACAUAUCAUUUUAUAUUGAAAUGUAUUACAGUAUUAAAAUUCAGUGUUCCAUAUUUAUUUCACUAUGCAUUUUAUUUCAUAAAAGCUAAGAAAAAUGUUUAAUCCAAUGGUGCCUUACUUUGUGAUUUGAAAGAAAUAUACUUUCUAUGUCUGAGUAGCAGAUUAUUUGCAUAUUUGUAAAAACUGUUAGGCCUUUAUAUUUUAACAUGUAAUACCAAUUUUGUUAUUUUAGUAGCAUCAAUGGGAUGAUUGUUAAAGUGCCCAAACAUUUUUGGCAUAAAUAAACUUUUCCCUGUUUGUAUUAGUCAGGGACUGUAAAAGAAGAAAAAAAAAUUGUUUUUCAUACCACUGAACUAUGUAAACAUGCACAGUUUGGUAUCUGUGUCAUCAGGAGAGUUUAAAUGUUGGGGCAGAGUCUACCCUAGAUAUCUGUCUGCUUCUUUGUAAAUUAGCCAGACAAUAAAUAAAAACAGAAUGAUGAGUGUCCA